CCUUCUUUUUUACUUCCGUAGCAGCUUAGCCUUCGAAGCCCAGAACGUUGCAGGGACGGCGGUCAAUGCAUUAUUCUAAUGUUUUUUUCCCGAAGUUUCACCUUCUUCCGCUUCCAUUGUUCUAAGUGACUGGUGAUGUGGUGUUAACUAGUGGCCACGACCCCAACGAAAAGAAGAAUAUAUCGUGGGAUUUUUGCUGCGGUUCAAUUGGCGGUUUUAUCUGAGCGAAAGGCACUCCGACCCACGCUGAUGGCGGUCACCAUCGAGGAUCUCUAUCGGAACUACGGCAUCCUUGCCGAUGCCAAGGACGACGUUAGCCAGCAUAAAGAUGCCUACCAAGUCAUCCUUGAUGGUGUGAAAGGUGGUCCCAAGGAGAAGCGAUUGGCAGCUCAAUUCAUUCCCAAGUUCUUCAGCAAUUUCCCGGAGUUGGCAGACGCGGCCAUCAACGCCCAAUUGGAUCUUUGUGAAGACGACGACAUCUCGAUUCGGCGGCAGGCCAUUAAGGAGUUACCGCGCUUUGCAACUGGUGACAACAUCCUGAAAGUUUCAGAUAUUCUCACUCAGCUCCUACAGACAGAUGACACGGCUGAAUUCAACCUCGUCAACGUAUCGCUGAUUUCUAUCUUCAAGAUUGACGCAAAAGGCACCCUGGAGGGCCUCUUCUCUCAGGUGCUGCAGGGUGUAGACAUCGUGCGAGAGCGGGCCAUCAAAUUUCUGUCCACCAAACUGAAGACCCUACCAGAGGACGUCAUGACAAAAGAGGUGGAAGACUAUGUCUUUACUGAGACGAAGAAGGUGCUUGAGGACGUGACCGGAGAGGAGUUUGUGCUUCUGAUGCGUUUGGUGUCGGGCCUUCGCGUGCUGCAGACGGUAAGCGGGCGUCAGCAGCUGGUGGAGCUAGUGGUGGAGCAGGCCUUCCUGGAGCAGGAGCUCAACCCCGGCGACCCCGACACAGUAGACCGCCUGCUGCAGUGCACACGCCAGGCACUGCCCCUCUUCUCUAAAAAUGUCCAUUCCACGCGUUUCGUGACCUACUUUUGUGAGCACGUCCUGCCCAACCUCAGCAUGCUGACGAGUCCUGUGGCCGAGCUGGACAUUCAACUGGAGGUCCUGAAGCUGAUGGCGGAGAUGAGUCCUUUCUGUGGCGAUAUGGAUAAGCUGGAGACCAAUCUCAAUAUGCUAUUCACUAAGCUGCUGGAGUACAUGCCUCUGCCGCCAGACGAGGUGGAAAAUGGCGAAAACUCUGCCAGCGAGGAGCCCAAGCUGCAGUUCAGCUACGUGGAGUGUCUCCUUUUCAGCUUCCACCAGCUGGGCAAGAAGCUGCCGGACUUCCUCAUCGACAAAGUGGACGCCGAACGCCUCAAAGACUUCAAGAUAAGGUUACAGUAUUUCGCCAGAGGCCUGCAGGUUUACAUCAGACAGCUGCGAGUGGCUCUGCAGGGCAAGACGGGAGACGCGCUCAAGACAGACGAGAACAAGAUCAAGGUGGUGGCCCUGAAGAUUACAAACAACAUCAACGUCCUCAUCAAGGACCUCUUUCACAACCCGCCGUCGUUCAAGAGCACCAUCACGCUGUCCUGGAAGCCUGUCCAGAAGAGCGAAGCUGUGGCCCCCAAGCGUCCAUCGAGCGACGACUCGGUCCCGGGGGCCGUGGUGAAGAAACAGAUCGCCCCGCAGCCUCGGCGGGACGCACGGCAAAUCUACAACCCCCCGAGCGGCAAAUACAGCGCCUCCCUCGGAAACUUCAACUACGAGCAGCGCGGCGGAUUCAGGGGCGGACGGGGGCGGGGCUUCGGCACCAGAGGCAACAGAAGCCGAGGGCGGACCUACUAAGACUUCCCAAACUCCUCUAAGCCACGGUCGUAGCUCCACCCCCCAACCCCUUCUUGUUUUUAUGUCUUUGUGGAUCAAAAGACUGCUGACUCCUGACGAACUUUUGGCUCCCUUUUGGGUGUUUUGAAAAGAAAGCGAGAGAGGAAGCGAUCUUUUUUGGUUUGCAACGUGACGUUUGAAGGCAUUUCUUUCCACCUUUUAUUUAAUCCUGCUUUCAGUUUUUUCUAUUAGUGCUCUAGCUAAAUUUGCAGACGAUGUACUAUUUGUAUUGUGGAUGUUUUGUCUGAUUUUUUUUUUAUCAUAAACUUGUAUGCAAGUAGGAA